AUGCCGCAUAGGAUAUUUUAUCAAUACGUGAAUAGGUUCGUUCAUGAUGAAAAAAUUAACUUGAUAAAAUAUUCUGAGUUUAGACAGCCACCAGACGAAUCUGUCGUUUAUAAGGAUAAUCGAACGCAGACUAUUAAAAAGUUAUGGAAUAAAACGACUGUAAAUUUAUGUUUACUAAAAAAUUUAGAUAGUUAUGAUGAUAUAGAUGUUGGAAGUUUGAAGAUUGAGUUUAAAAAUUUUGUGCAUGAUAAUGUGCUAAAAGUUUAUGGUCUAACUUAUGAUGGGAAAAAUUAUUUCUUCGUUCGUGAAUAUGCCGCCAUAGAUCUACGUAGUUAUCUUAAUCAAAAGAAUUCAGAGGGUGCUCCUCUAGAAUGGAAUAAGAAAUUGCUAAUAACUAGCCAAAUAGUUGAUGGAUUAAAAUUUCUUCAUAGCAAAGGCUUUGUUCACUCGGAUAUGAUAUUGAAAAACAUUUCCCUCGAGCAGAAAAUUGAGAGUCCGCCUGUCCGAAAGCCAUCCGAUAUUAACAAUAUUGAUUGUAAAUUAGAUGAGGAUUGUCAAUUGGAUUUUUAUGAUAUGUUAAAUGUCAAUAAACUUAGAGUUGAAUUCAUUAAUCGUUUUGCAUUGAAUAAAGGUCGAAAUAUUAAUGGAUUUGAUUUUAGUCGCGCGAAUGAAUUUAUUUUAUAUGAUCAUAGCGAUCCAAAGAUAUGUAAAGUGUAUAAGCAACCUCCAAUUUUCUAUAUUCCUAAAAAUCUAGUCUCACCUUGGAUGAAGUUAAAUAAAUUUAGUUUGUUCGAAAAUCAAGACACAGAGAUAGAGGGACUAAAUGAUGACGCACAAAUCCAUUUUCCAAUUGCAACAGUACAAUAUACUUGUAAAACGACUGAUAAAUUUAUUCAGGAUAUUAAAGAUGUGCUUAAAAACUCAGACCAGUCUGAGUAUAAAAGGAAUUUAGAAAAAGUAUUUAAUAAUUAUGGUCAUUACGUGGCUACAAAGGUUACGCUUGGUGGUGUACUUACUAUUAAAAAUUGGUCAAGAGUUUCUGCUGAGAGUAGGUCAUACUUAAGGUGUUACAUUCAGUGGGGAAUAGAUUAUGGUCAAGGUAGUGCUUCAAGAAUUUUUGAAGAUGUUCCGCUUAAUAAUAUACCUAAACUUGAGGCCACAAUGUUUAUGGGAACUAUGAGAACUAUUGGAAACUUAUAUUCUUGGUUUAAAAAUUUGUAUGAUUGCAAAUUUGCAGAAAUUAUAUCAUAUGAUGAAGUUAUACCAUCAUAUGAACUAUUGCCUGAUGAUUUUAAAAAAGAAUUAUUCAAACUUACUAAAUUAGUGUCCGAUAAAAAACCUUAUGAAACAUUAAUCCCAAAUAUUCCAACCGAAUGCGAGAAACAAGAUAUGACGAAAUGGAUAAUAAAAAAUCCGCCAAUUGGUAUAUUUUUUAGUAAUUGGAUUUACGAUUUUUCAUUACAACGUGGCGUGAUUUUACAACACUCAGGCCUUGAACGUGGAAGAAGUUCAGCCUUUAAAUUUUUAAAAGAGCCUAAAAUUACCGAGCUAAAUAAAAUAACAAUUUUAUUAGCACAACCUAAAACUCGUAAAGAAGCCUAUAUGUUAGAAAACGGUAUAAUAUUAAAAGAUGAAUUAGAACUUGAAAAUGUUCCUUUUGCUGAUUAUAGUUCGAUAUUUAGCCAAAACGAUAAAUAUCCCAAGACAAUUUAUUGCCAAAUUAUUUUCCAUGCAAUAAAGCUUUCUUCCAAACUUUUGGACUUUAAAGCUUUAUCUGAUUUUUCGAUUAUGGUAAAUUCUGCACUUCAAGAUAAUAUGCCGUAUAAAAAACUUAGUGAACUAUUUGGUAAUAAUUAUGGUCAUUUAUUACCAAGAACUUUAAUUUUAGGUGGGAUUUUGUCAAAAACGUAUGAAUCAUAUACAGACAUAAUUUUGCCACAAAACAUUGUUUUUGAAUAUGAUAUGAAUGAUCCUCAAACACCUAAAAACAUUGAAGAAAAGUUAAACGAGUGGAAUUCGCAAUUUCAACAUUUGGAUACAUCAGUUUUCUUUAGUAAUAGUGGUGAUGUAGUUCACCGUAAUAAAAUUAAAGAUUGGUUAAUGGAUCUUUCCGAAAAUAAACGUAGUUGGAAUGUUGUUACUUUUGAAGAUUGGACACCACUAUAUAAAGUUUUGAAAAGAACACAACAAAAAAUUGAUGAGAUUUUUGAUGAAACUUACCACAUUGUUUUUAAUGGGGAAGAAUCUUUAACUCAAGAUCAAACUACAACAAUUAUUAAGUUUCCUGGACCGCUUAUUGAUGAUAAAUAUUAUAUUUUCGGAGUUGUAGUAAGGAGAAAUAGAUUGAAAGGUCUCGAUAAAUAUGAAGGAAUUCCUAAGAUUUCUGUUCGUUUUGAUUAUCCUAACAAUAAUAGCUGUGUUGCAUAUAUAUAUAAAAAUUGUGAUGAAAGCUUAUUAAUCGAAGCAGAUAUGAAACUUCUUUGGUUCGUACUCGCUAACCCAAAAGGAUACUGCAGUGGCAUAAACAGAAGUAUCAAGGUUACUUAUGGUGAACUUAAUGUUGACAAUACUCAACCUGUAGUAGCACAGCCGACAAGUAAAGAGCUCACUUCAAAUUGCGUUCUUAUAACAUCAAUUGUUUCUAGAAAAGAUACAAUAUUUUAUAAUAUUAAACCCAAAAAUUGGUCGAAAACGAAAAUUAAUAUUGAAAUACUAGAAGAAUGCAUAAUUCCAGUUGAUAAUUCAAAAAAGGAUGAAGAUGAUGGUUUCGGUGACAAGGACUCAGAUGAUGGUUUCGAUGACAAGAACUCAGAUGACGAUUUACCAGAACAAGUGGUUCUUAGAUGGUGUGUAAUUGAUGCAAGUGAAAGAGAAGCUAUAGUUAGUUUGGGCAAUAUGUGCCCAUUAUCUUUGUUUGGAAAUUAUCUCAACAUUGAGGACGAAAUUUUCGAAAACACGGAAAAUGUACCACGAUUUCCACCGCAAAUGUUAUUAGAAGAUGCAAUUAAACAACACACUAUUCCAAAUGGCAAUACGCUUGAGGCAUGGAAGACAUUCGUAAAUCAUUCUAGAAAAGGAAACUUUAUUGCUGAUUAUUGGAUUGGAUAUUACUUACAACAAGAUAUUCUAAAAUCAAAAAAUCUCUAUGAAAAUUCCAUUGAACCUGUCAUUCAAGAAGAAAGUCCAUACACUCAAGCCGCAAUGGGGUAUUUUAAAAAAUCAGCUGACAAUAAUUACUCUGAAGCACAAUUAAGAUAUGGUUAUGGUCUUUAUUACGGUAAAGGUGUUAAUAAAGAUCAGAAAGAAGCUAUUCGAUAUUUCAAACUAGGUGCAGAAAACGAUAAUAUUACUGCAAUGUAUAAUUUAGGAAUUAUUUGGAUAUUUAGUAAUAGUCAAAAUGAAAAGGAAGAAGGUGAGAAAUGGCUGAUAAAGGCGGCAGGACUUAAUCAUCAAAAAGCUAUCGAAGUUUGCGAUCAGAGAAAAAUUAAUUAUAGAGAGUGA